UCAUGAAUUGUAGGCUCGGCCUUGUUUAUAUUUGUUUUUAUUUUUUAAUUUUUAUGUAAUGAUUUAUUAAACGGGCUUAGCGAGUUUGAAAACAAAUUGAACCGUUUUCGAACAUUAGUUUAAUUUUUUUUUCUUUUUUUUUAAAUGACCCGAGCUAGAACUUUUUAAAAUUGUGAUGAGCCUGAGCAGAACUCAUCUUUUUUCGUUCGUCACAAUCUCGAGCUGGGCCUAUAAUAAAAGAGUAUGAGCAACCUAAAACUCGGCUUGUUUUUGACCGUGCUGUCACUACAAGGCCCGAAAAGAAUUUGAUGUAUAUAACCUUAUUUUUGCAUUUGGAGAAUGGAGGUCCCCAAUGGAAUUUGGAAGCCUAAAGAAUUAAGAUGAAAAGAAAAAAGAAAAAAGAAAAAAGAAAAAAGAAAAAAAGAAACUGAAGUCUUUCCCACCUCAUUUGACUUUAAAGGACACUCAAUGAAAAGAAAGGAAAAGGCUAGGAUAGCUUUCUAUAACAGAGAGUCAAUGGGACAUAAAGAGUAUUAAAAAAAACCCCCAACACAUACUCUCUUGUACACACAGAUUGCAUAACUCCAAAUGGAACAUAACAUACCCUCAUUCAAUGAGUGUAGCUUUUCCUUUGGCUCUCUUCUAAGGUAACCCAGGCCCCCACUUUUUCCCCUUUGAAUAUUUCCACCACCAUCAAAACCUCCUCCCUUCAUAAAACCCAAACCCUCCCCCUCUCUCUCUCUGCAAUAACUAGAGUUUCCACUGAUAUCAGAAACAGAAAACACUCUCUAUCUCUCUCUCUCAUGCACACACACACACACACACGCACGCACGCACACACAUCUUUUUACUCUCACACUACUGUGUUUCUCUUUCAAUUAAGUGAUGGAAGAUACACAAGAGUCCAAUACUAACAGGAAAUGCACUCCAAAGACGAGGAGUUUCAGAGAGAGAGCCAACCCUCCUCACAACUAUCAAUAUCACCACCAACUAUUGCACUACUCAAAUGGGAUUGGGUUUUUUAACCACCAAAACCAAUACCAAGCUUACCCAGCUCUCCUUCCUCUGCCUCCAAUCAUUCCUCUCCAACUCACUGUGACUCCACCCCUCCCUCAAAACCAGACCUUCAGGCCAAAAACCAAUUUGCAGAAACCUCCAUGGAAGCACACAAACCCUCCUCUUGCCACCUCUUCGGAUAUUCAGCUCCCAAAUCCAGCAGUUUUACCAGCUUCAGAGAGGAUUCAAUUGAAAACCAACCCUCCCUUAAGGGGAAAAGAUGAAAGGAGGGUCACAAGUGCCACACCACCAUCAAUAUUAGUGGUGGCAAGAAGGCCAGAUUGUGGCGGCGUGGAAGGACCAGUUAUCGCUCUCCUUGCCAAUCAUUUUCUAGUCCAAUUUGAUCCGUCCCAGCGAAUUUUCCAUUAUGAUGUUGAAAUCUCUCCACAUCCUUCCAAGGAAAUUGCUCGAACAAUUAAGCAAAAACUGUUGGAGAGCAACUUGGUUGAGCUUUCCGGUGCUCUUCCAGCCUACGAUGGCCGGAAGAAUCUUUAUAGCCCUGUUGAAUUCCAAAAUGAUAGGCUCGAAAUCUUUAUUAGCCUCCCAAUCCAAUCUAGCAAGCCAGUAUUACCAUCCGGAGACACCAUCCACUCGGAAGAAAAGCCUCAACAACUUAAGCUCUUUCGGGUAAACAUCAAACUUGUAUCGAAGUUUGAUGGGAAGGAAUUAAGUAGCUAUUUGAGUAAGGAGGUGGAUGAUGGGAUACCCCUUCCUCAGGACUAUCUCCAUGCUUUGGAUGUUGUUUUGCGCGAGAGCCCCACAGAGAAGUGCAUACCAGUGGGGCGAUCACUAUAUUCGAGCUCAAUGGGAGGGACUAAAGAUAUUGGAGGUGGAGCUAUUGGUUUGAGAGGGUUUUUUCAAAGUCUUAGACCAACUCAACAAGGUCUUGCUCUCAAUGUGGAUUUCUCUGUGACCGCGUUCCAUGAGAGCAUUGGUGUUAUCCACUACUUGCAAAAGCGUCUUGAGUUUUUGCGCGAUCUUUCCCAAAAGAAAACAAGAGGUUUGACAGGUGAUGAAAAGAGGGAAGUGGAGAGGGCGUUGAAGAACAUCAGGGUCUUUGUUUGCCAUAGAGAAACUGUCCAGAGAUAUCGAGUUUAUAGCUUAACUGAUGAAGCUACAGAUGAUCUCUGGUUUCCGGACAGAGAUGGAAAGAAUUUGAGGCUGGUGAACUACUUCAGGGAUCACUAUAAUUAUGAUAUACAAUUCAGGAACUUGCCAUGCUUGCAGAUUAGUAGGAGCAAACCAUGCUACCUUCCUAUGGAGCUUUGUGUGAUUUGUGAAGGACAGAAGUUUCUUGGGAAGCUCUCAGAUGAUCAGACAGCGAGGAUACUAAAGAUGGGUUGCCAAAGACCAAGAGAGCGAAAGGCGAUUAUUGAUGAAGUCAUGACCGGACCAGUUGGACCAACAAGUGGCAUUCAGGAAAGAGAAUUCAACCUCCAUGUUUCAAAGGAAAUGACGCGAUUAAAUGGGAGAAUUCUUCAACCGCCAAAGCUUAAGCUUGGCAAUGGUGGGCAUGUAAGAAAUCUAACUCCUUCCCGUCAAGACCGCCAAUGGAACCUUCUGGACAGCCAUGUCUUUGAAGGGACUCGAAUUGAGAGAUGGGCACUAAUAAGUUUUGGCGGCACCAUUGACCAGAAGUCUGACAUUCCAAGAUUCAUAAAGCAGCUAUCUCAAAGGUGCCAGCAGUUGGGCAUUUUUCUCAACAAUAACACGAUUAUUAGCCCCCAGUUUGAACCAAUGCAGGUGCUCAACAAUGCAACUCUUUUGGAAUCAAAGCUGAAGAAAAUCCACAGAGCUGCAUUCAACAAACUCCAACUGAUUAUAUGUGUAAUGGAGAGGAAACACAAAGGGUAUGCGGAUUUGAAGCGAAUUGCUGAGACAAGUGUUGGGGUUGUCAGCCAAUGCUGUUUGUACCAAAAUCUUGGCAAACUGAGCUCACAAUUUCUUGCAAAUUUGGCACUCAAAAUCAAUGCCAAAGUUGGUGGAUGCACGGUUGCUUUAUACAAUUCGUUACCUGCUCAAAUCCCACGCCUCUUUCGACAUGAUGAACCAGUGAUCUUUAUGGGAGCUGAUGUAACCCAUCCUCACCCACUAGAUGAUUUUAGCCCCUCUGUUGCUGCCGUGGUGGGAAGUGUAAAUUGGCCAGCUGCAAACAAGUACGUUUCGAGAAUGAGGUCCCAAACGCAUAGGCAAGAGAUCAUUCAUGAUCUUAGUGCAAUGGUGGGUGAAAUUUUGGAUGAUUUCUAUCUUGAGCAAUCCAAACUCCCCAAGAGAAUAAUAUUUUUCCGAGAUGGGGUGAGUGAAACACAGUUCUACAAAGUGCUUCAAGAGGAGUUGCAAGCCAUUAGGGUGGCUUGUUCAAGAUUUCCAAAUUACAAGCCUCCCAUUACUUUUGCAGUAGUUCAGAAGAGGCACCACACAAGGUUGUUUGCAAACGAAAAUGAUCCAUCUUCAAAUCAGAACCAACUCUUCAACGAGAAUGUACCACCAGGAACGGUUGUGGACACCGUGAUCACUCACCCGAGGGAAUUUGACUUCUAUCUUUGCAGCCACUGGGGUGUGAAGGGAACAAGCCGGCCCACGCACUAUCAUGUUUUGUGGGAUGAAAACCAGUUCACUUCUGAUGAAUUGCAGAAGCUGGUUUACAAUCUCUGCUACACUUUCGUAAGGUGCACCAAGCCGGUUUCUUUGGUUCCACCGGCUUACUAUGCCCACCUUGCUGCAUACAGAGGCAGACUUUACCUCGAGAGAUCAGAUUCCACUUUUACAAGAAGUGCUCCUGCAUUCUCCCGCGCAGCCCCUCCAAAGGCAACGCCUCUGCCAAAACUAAGUGAGAAUGUUAAGAAGCUCAUGUUUUACUGCUGAUUUUUUCAUGGAAUUGCUCUUGUAUAUUCUUCCCCUCAUCAUAGAUGUAGUCAAAGAUCACUCAUUUUGCAGAGCUAGCUAUAUAUGCAGUUUCUUACCAUCAUAUCCUCAUUGACUAAUAAUAGAUUGAAUUGCUAAUUGGUUCUGGCCAUAAUAGCUCAUGCAAGUGUCUUUGAAUGUAACAAGGAAAUGACAAUUAGUGCUAAACUUUUUAUUGAUGUCCAUGUACUUCUUUUGAAUGUUCCAACCAGAUUCUGGAGCAUCA